GGCCGGCUGCGCGCUCACCCCGCGCCGCCGGAAGUGACGAGUUCGGGAUCGUGCGCGGUGGCGGCAGCGGCGGGAGGUGAAAUGGUUUUCAUAUGCUGAACUCCAGCUUGGAUUGCCUCAUUGCUGCACGUUGAGGACUUUGUAAAAAGCAGGAAGUCAAGAUGAAGAGCAGGGUGACACAAGUAAAUCAUGGUUCCAGUCAUGACAGGAGGGAAAACUACAGUUCAAGACAUGACAGUUUGUCUCCAGAGGACAGUAGGGAUAUGGAGCGUGAUAGGUCUCGGUCUCCAUCUCCCAGGAAGAGGAGGUAUUCUGAUGACAGCAGAUAUGAUGAGGAAUAUUCAAGACGAGAAUACUAUGAUGACAGAACUUCAGAUGGAAGAAGGAUGGAAAGGGGGAGAGACAGACACUAUGAGAGAUGGGAGGACAGAGAAUAUGAUCGAAGGAAGCAGAGACGAUACUCAUCGCCUGACCGCAGGAGUCCAGAGAGGUCGACAGGCCAGAGCUCACUUGCCCAUGAGGAGACCACCUCAAAGAAGAAGAAAGAAGAGGUGGAUCCAAUCCUCACUCGCACAGGUGGUGCAUAUAUUCCUCCAGCCAAGCUCAGGAUGAUGCAAGAGCAGAUCACUGAUAAAAAUAGCUUGGCAUACCAGAGGAUGAGUUGGGAAGCAUUGAAGAAGUCGAUCAAUGGUCUUGUCAAUAAAGUGAACGUUUCUAAUAUAGAAAACAUCAUUCAUGAGCUCCUUCAGGAGAAUAUUGUUCGGGGAAGGGGAUUGCUGUCUAGAUCCAUUUUGCAAGCUCAGAGCGCCUCUCCGAUUUUUACUCAUGUUUAUGCAGCUCUUGUGGCAAUCAUCAAUUCCAAGUUUCCAAAUAUUGGUGAAUUGAUCCUCAAGAGGCUGAUACUGAAUUUUCGUAAAGGGUAUCGCAGAAAUGACAAGCAACUCUGUCUAACAUCUUCAAAGUUUGUUGCACAUUUGAUGAAUCAGAAUGUGGCUCACGAGGUUUUAUGUUUGGAAAUGCUCACUUUGCUGCUUGAAAGGCCUACCGAUGACAGUAUUGAAGUAGCAAUUGGAUUUAUUAAAGAGAGUGGGCUCAAAUUAACAGAAGUUUCUCCUAGAGGUAUUAAUGCAAUCUUUGAUCGCCUUCGACACAUUCUGCAUGAAUCCAAAAUCGAUAUGCGUGUUCAGUACAUGAUAGAAGUCAUGUUUGCUGUGCGGAAGGAUGGCUUCAAGGAUCAUCCAAUCAUUCCAGAGGGAUUAGAUCUAGUGGAAGAGGAGGAUCAGUUUACUCAUAUGUUGCCAUUGGAAGAUGACUACAACCCAGAGGAUGUUCUUAAUGUUUUCAAGAUGGACCCGAACUUUAUGGAAAAUGAAGAGAAAUACAAAAUGCUGAAGAAAGAAAUUCUUGAUGAGGGUGACACUGAAUCUGAAGGAAAUCAAGAAGCUGGAAGUAGUGAAGAAGAUGAAGAAGAUGAUGAAGAGGAGGAUGAGGAUGGUCAGAAAGUUACUGUCCAUGACAAAACAGAAAUUAACCUGGUCUCCUUCCGUCGUACAAUUUAUCUGGCUAUUCAGUCAAGCUUAGACUUCGAAGAAUGUGCUCACAAACUGCUGAAGAUGGAUUUCCCUGAAAGUCAGACUAAAGAACUCUGCAAUAUGAUACUUGACUGCUGUGCUCAGCAAAGAACAUAUGAGAAGUUCUUUGGGUUACUGGCAGGGCGUUUCUGCAUGCUAAAGAAAGAAUACAUGGAGUCCUUUGAAGCCAUUUUCAAGGAGCAGUACGAUACCAUUCAUCGUCUGGAAACCAACAAACUGAGGAAUGUGGCCAAGAUGUUUGCUCAUCUCCUGUACACUGAUUCAAUUCCCUGGAGUGUCCUUGAAUGUAUAAUACUGAGUGAAGAAACUACCACAUCCUCCAGUAGAAUUUUUGUCAAAAUAUUCUUUCAGGAACUCAGUGAAUAUAUGGGACUUCCAAAUUUAAAUGCAAGAUUAAAAGAUGUGACACUGCAGCCUUUCUUUGAGGGAUUAUUGCCUCGGGAUAACCCCAGAAACACUCGCUUUGCCAUCAAUUUCUUCACUUCCAUUGGCCUUGGAGGACUAACGGAUGAAUUACGGGAACAUCUUAAAAAUGCACCAAAGUUGAUCAUGACCCAGAAGCAAAAUGUUGAGUCAUCAGAUUCCUCCUCAUCUUCAGACUCAGACUCUUCCUCAGAUUCUGAUUCUGACAGCAGCAGUAGUAGCUCAGAGUCAUCGAGCAGCAGUGACUCCUCAUCCAGCAGUGACAGCAGCAGUGACUCAGAUGUUUCUAAAGCCAAAAGGAAGAGAAUGCAAAAGAAAAAUAGAGAUUCUGAAAAAGUUUCCAGGAAAAAACAAGAACGUAAAAGGAAAUCACUUGAAAAGAAAAUUGGAAGGAGGCAGCAAGAGGAAAGAAGUGAUACUGAGAAGAAAUCAGAAAGAAAUCACCGACAUCUAAGAGAGUCACACAGGAGAGAGGAUGUUUCAAAGUACCACCACAGAGAUGAACCCAACGGCAAAGAUGGUUACCACAGCGGAAAGGAUAGGAACCAUGAAAGAAGUAAGGAUCCAGAAAAUAAACACAGUAAUUCCAAACUGAAGAAAGCAGAAAGAAGAGCGUCUGUGUCUGACGAUGAAAAUUACAGACAUUGGAGCAAAGAUGAUGGACAUCGUAGUAGGAAAAGAGAGAGAUCCAAGUCCCGCGAGAGGGAGCGCGGCCGCUGCAGCCCGCGGGAGGAGGAGCAGGAGCAGGAUGAGCGCUCCAGGAACGGCUCGGAGAGGCAGCGGGACAGGCACAGCCGGUACCCCGAGCAGCACAAGGAGUCCCGCAGGACCCACGACAGGCGCCGGGAGGCAUCCCCGCACCGCCGGGAGGCAUCCCCGCGCCGGCGGGAGAGUCCCCCGCACCGCAGGGCGGCAUCCCCGCACCUCAGGGAGAGCCCCCCGCACCGCAGGGAAGCAUCCCCGCGCCGGCGGGAGAGUCCCCCGCACCGCAGGGAGGCAUCCCCGCGCCGCCGGGAGAGCCCCCCGCACCGGCGGGACGGCAUCUCCGCACCGGCGGGACGGCCCCCCGCACCGCAGGGAGGCAUCCCCGCGCCGCCGGGAGAGUCCCCCGCACCGGCGGGAGAGCCCCCCGCACCGGCGGGACGGCUCUCCGCACCGGCGGGACGGCUCUCCGCACCGGCGGGAGAGUCCCCCGCACCGCAGGGAGGCAUCCCCGCACCGGCGGGAGAGCCCCCCGCACCGGCGGGAUAGCCCCCCGCACCGCAG